AUGUCAUACGUUUUCCUAUUCCUAUCACCCAUGCAGAAAGCUGCUCAGUGGCUUCUGCCCUGUCUUCUUCUCUGUGCAGCUUGGAGCUGCUCCGGCUUCACCGAUGAGUCCAAUGCACUGAACUUUGUCCAGAGGAAGGUGCUGCCGCGAGUUGCUCCACCGCCGAAGCUUUCAACAGCCCAAAGUGGACCGAUGGAGCCCUGGCUCAUUCAACACAAGUACAUCUUCGCUUGUCAUCACAAGGCCGGCGUCUAUCUCAUGGAAGACCUAUUCAAAAUUGUCUCCGGUGUCCUUGGGGCGAAGGACAGCGACAUGGGCCAUUGGAUUCAGCCCUGUUAUCCUGGUGCUUGCUUCUUCCCCGAGGCACCGUUCCAGAUCUGGGUUGACCUCUACUCCUACGAAAGAGCACAGGAGGCACGGGAAGCUGCCGGCGCGAAAGGCAUUCGCGUCGUGGGAAUCGUGCGAGAUCCCAUGUCCAUGAUCGUCUCAGCAUACUGCUAUCAUCAUCGGGGUAUGGAGCCCUACAACAUAAUGUUCUUUCCCGAAGGAACCUUAUUGCAGUUGGGUCCCAAGGAAGGGCUCAAGUUUGUUGCAGAACGGAUGCUGACUCUCGUUGAAAACAUGACGAGUGCCUUUGAGCAGCCAUUCAAUGAUACCUUCCACCUAGACUACGAGAAGGUCACCGGAUCCUCACAGGGUUUCGACGAUCAGGUUGAAGAGAUGAUGAGCUUCCUGUUCCAGGACCACCUACCUUCCGAGCAGAUCAGCCUGGUUCUCAACAUCACACAGUUUGUAGAUUUGCAUCGUUUCCCCAGCACGUCCAACCACACGAAUGAUGAAGAGUGUGAGGACGAAGUGCGCAAGUACGUGCCCUCACUGCCCCCAGAGCUCUUGUCACGCUACCGCUCAUUCCAGGAGCGACUUGGAUAUGCAGCCACAUGA